AUGGUCGACAGAAUCGAUUCCUACUUCCCUGGCCGUAUCUUGGGCCAGCAACAAGACGAUGGCGGAUCCACUGUCUACGUGUCUACCGACGAUGGUUGGACUGACGACGACGAAGGCAACACUGGCAGCUUUGAUGCGCCUGCUCAAGCUUCUACGAUCCUAACUCAUUCUGGUUCUCCAAACCUCAUUGACUUUGACUCAUCCGAGAACGACGAUAUCCCUGAUGACAGCGAACUGACGGAGAAGCUCACUGAUGUCAUGGGUCAAGUAUCUGACUUACAGGGAACCAAAACUGCCUUCAGGGAAAUUGAGUCACUUACCCUUGACCUUCAUCCGCAGGCGGUGAGCGAAAGCAACCUAGAUCCUACAUCAGCUGCGUUCACGCCCAGUUGCUCCUGGCCCGCCCCUGGAGGUCAAGCAUCACCAUCGAGCUCCUCGCCUUCAUCCUAUGUCGAUGCUCGCCAAAGCCUCUGCUCGUCAGAUGACCUGAUAACGUCUCUUCAAGCCCGCAUCAAGCAGCUCGAGCAUGAUUACGACACACUGAAGCGCAAGAACGACCACCUUGACACCCUCAAUGAGGCUUUGAGGCACAGAACCGACAAGAGCAAUGCCACCAUAGAGAAGCUAAGUGGACAGCUGUCUAAGGCUGAGCUUCUCAGACGCCGAGCCCAGAAUUACUCUUCUGAAAUCAGCGAACAUAGCAAGCUGGAUCAGGAGUUCUUGAAUAAGUUGAAUGAAGAUCUCGACUACAACAAAACACAGUUAAGAGAGUUCAGGUCAAAGUAUGACAGGGUACUGCAAAGCCAAGAGCCUCUUCAGAGUCGGUUGCAGGAGCUUCAGACAGGUCUGCUCAAUGCCGUGGAGCGGAACAAGAUGUACGAAGCAUACAUCCGCGGCUUUGUUGCUAACCAUCCCCAGCACACUGCCGCCUUCAACGCUAUUGGAAUUUCUACUUACAGUGCAAUGCGAGGCAACAAUGUCACCGAAAAUGGCGAAGUAGAGCCUCUCAUAUCCUUCGACGAGAUGUCACUGUCCACGACUGCAGCUCCUGAGCCCAGGCAGAGCGAUCCCACGGAAAACGCAACUUGUUUUCUGGACGUUCGAUCAGAGCCGGGAUUACAAGUCGCAGUCUCCAAGUCUAAUCAUCUAGAGUGUGACCAACAUUAUUCGCACAAGGCUCUGCAGCAAGUUUUGCCCCAGGUAUCGGUGAGGCCAAGACUUCUCUGCGCCGAAACUUUUCAAUUGCGAGGUUCUCACAAUGCCAAAGAUGACGCUCUCAAUUGGAGUACUGACUGCGAUGACAUAUGGGAAUCUGCUCUUCAAAGAGAGCGAGCUCUACGUAAUUACCAAGGGUCUAUCGGGGCUCGCCAACCCUCGCAGACCCCGGGUAUGUUCCUCUACGGCAUUCGCUACGUGCGAAAUCAAAGCGACCAAACACUAACUGUCAAUGACGAAGUUCCAGAUAUAGCCUCUCGUGUUGUCAUCAUGACCGGUCUUCCGGACGAGGUUCACGUCCAGCGAGUCUUGGAGCAUAUCCGAGGUGGUCGAAUUUUCAACGCCCACACGGCUCCGAUGGGAACCGGCGAUUUCAGCUACAACCAUGCCUACAUUGAAUUUACCUCGACGAAAGAUGCUUCGGAGUUCUGCCGAUUUUCCUGUUCUCGCGACUUUGGAUUCAUCAACCAGGAUGGCACCCUGGCUAGAGUUCGCACCAGCCUUCCAGCCACAGAUUCGUACCCUCUGAACCAGAGUAUGCAGGCCUGGAUCGAUGAGGGCUCCACACGCUGUCUUGCUGUUGCUGGUUUUCCAGUCAUGCAUCUCGAGGCCAUUCUCAAGGACGUGGGCUUGGCGCACAACUUCACCGACGUCAUCACUCACUUGGCCUAUUCUGACGAUGGAAGUUUCGAGAUAUCGUUUUCUAGUCUCAAGACAGCCAUCCUCGUUCGCAAAUGCAUCCUUGAAUCGAGCCUUUGGACCGGACCUGCUGACGGACGGGGUGUGACCUUCAGGCCUGAUCCAUGUGAUGCACCUUGGGAAGAUCUCCAAGAGCCUUUCCUGCCUAUUCACUCAACCGUUCACUUUCACAACCUGGCUUCCGAGAACGCGCGGCUCUUCAUGACCAUCGAGGAGCGUGACGCCGAAGAGGAUCACCUUCGAGAACGGAUGUUUGAAGGAUGUGACCCCAGUGACUCGGACACUGUGGGUCUCAAGGAUAUGAUCGACCGCAAGAGCAUUGUAUGGGAGAAGACGGCCGACUGGGACAACGCCGUCAAGUAUAUGGCAUACGACCCUGAUCAACAGAAGGAGGUACUUCACCGCAGAGACCGCGAAUCUGGGGCCAUCCAAGUGUGGUAUCAUGGAGGAUGGGCUAUGGGCCAACUUGAAUCAUGGAAGGCAUGGGAGCACUAUAACAUCGACAGCCCCCAUCCAUACACCCAGAAAAAUGCGGACCUCCUGUACGAAGUGACGGGUUGGGUCGAUCGUCGCAAGGUGAAUCUUUACUUGAAAAUCAAGGCGGAGAGAGUGGGACGUGAGGAGAAGGGUACUGACAAGAAUGCCGACAGGUUAUCGUCGACGAUGGCGGACUACAAGGAGACGCUGAGCAGUCGCUGA